GAAAUGCAACACUGUUCCAAUGUGGAUGGUAUUGCUGUUAUCGGCCGUUUUGUUUUUAGUUGUGUUAUGUUUCAUAUUAUUUAUUGCAGAUAUUUUCACAAGUUUUUAUUAACAUUUUUAUACUUAUAAGUGCAAAUAUUGAAAAGCAUGUUAAAACCAAAAGCCCUAACGCAAGUGCUAGCACAGGCAAACACUGGUGGUGUGGAGAAUACACUAUUACUUAGUCAGGAAGGCGCUUUGCUUGCCUACGCCGGUUAUGGAGAUAAGGAUGCUCGUGUAACUGCGGCAAUCGCAAGUAGUAUCUGGGCGGCGUACGAAAAACAUGGGCGCAAUGCAUUCCGUGAAGAUCGACUAACGUUUGUGUUAUUAGACUGUGAAUGUGGGCAUGUGGCUAUAACACAGGUGGCCAGCAUAUUGCUUUGUUUGUAUGCAAAGGAAAUGGUCGGUUUGGGUUUACUUAAACAGAAGGCGAUGGCAUUGGCAAAUUAUCUAGAGGGGCCAUUAAAACAGAUUGCAGCUACAUAAAACAGCCAUCAUCGUGUAUCUACAAUAUGUGUGUGACUUGAUCAAGCCAAAAUAGUGGACUAAAAAUAUAUUAAGCCUUUAAAUAAAAGUAAAUUAGUAAUGAAAAAUCUAGAAAUGAUUAUGUAUUAUUUGUAUGUACGUAGAUAUAAUUAGAUGAAGUGGAAUUGGCGUAUUUCAAAAUAAUUACAUACAUUUUUGUAAGCCGUUUAAGAUUACAAACGAUAAAUACAGUUUAAAUUACACUUA